AUGGUGUGGUGCGAGGAGGAGGAGGAGGAGGAGGGAGAGGAUGGAGGAGGAGGAGGAGGAGCUGUUGCUGUGGCUACUGUUGUUGCUAUUUCUGCUGUUGCUACAUCAUCUGCUGCUGCUAAUCCUGCUGAUGCUGCUACUUCUGCAGCAGCAGCAUCAGAUGCAGCAGCAGCAGAAACAGCAACAACAGUAGCCACAGUAGUAGCAAUAACAGCAGAAGCAGUAACAGUAGCCGCAGCAACAGCAGAAAUAGCAGAAGCGGAAGUAGCAGCAGCAGAAUCUGCAGCUACAUCCGCUGCUGCUGCUGCUGGUACUUCUGCUUCUGCUGUUGCUGCGGCUACUAUUACUGCUUCUGCUGUGGCUACUGUUGUUGCUAUUUCUGCUGUUGCUACAUCAUCUGGUGCUGAUGCUGCUGCUGAAGCUACUUCUGCUGUAGCUGUUGCUACUGCUGCUGUUAUUGCUGCUGCUGCUACGUCUGCUGUUGCUCCGGCUGCUGUUACUACUUCUGCUGUUAUCGCUACUGCUGUUACUACUUCUGCUGUUAUCGCUACUGCUGUGGCUACUGUUGUUGCUAUCUCUACUGUUGCUAUAAUCCUCUGUUGCUGUUACUUCUGCAUCUAUUGCUGCUUCUGCUGA